AUGAUGCUUCACCUGCUUGCAGUCCUAUUUCUCUUCGUAUUUUCAGGGACUGAGGCACGUAACAGCCUACUGAAAGGAUUCAAGAUAAGUAUUGACGUGCACAGAGGAAACACCAUUGAUGACAUGCAACAUGGUGCUGCUGCUCUCAUAAAAAGAGAUCAAAAUGGCGUCGAAACCGAACUUCUUAAUAAGCGAACCUAUUAUAUGGCAGACAUUAAGGUAGGUUCGAAAAAAGAUAAGGUAUCAGUCUUAGUAGAUACUGGAUCUUCAGAUUUAUGGGUAAUGGCCAAUAAAUUGUGGUGUAAGGCAGUCGUCACCAGUUCUAACCAAUAUUAUGUAAAACAAGAAACUAAAACGCUUCACAAAUUGGAUAAAAACAAGAACUACCGUUCGACUUAUAAUCUUGAGGUUUUUUCAAACCCAGUGAAUACGGUACCUCAGUAUACAACUCCCUCAUAUGGAACUUUACAGUCAGGAGUUGCAUCGACAAGUAGAGGUUAUCGUACUAUUGCAUAUCUGACACCCAGCGUAUCUUAUACAAGUGCAUCAACAUGUACUGACUAUGGUUCAUUCAAUUCUGGAGAUUCAGAUACUUUCAAAAGAAAUGACUCUGCAUCUGAUUUCUUUAUCAGUUACGUCGAUGGAACAGUAGCAAAGGGCCUUUGGGGGACAGAUGACGUAGAAAUUGGAGGAAGUACCGUUGAAUCCAUGUAUUUUGGAGUAGUAAACGAAACAGAUUCUAAGAUUGCGAUUCUAGGAAUUGGACUAGAUAUUAUGGAAGUAACGAAUCUGAUGCAAGAAUCAAGUCCCUAUAGGUAUGAGAAUUUACCUGUCAAGUUAAAAAGCGAAGGAAUCAUAGAUAAAAUUGCCUACUCCUUAUAUUUGGGAGACACAACUUCAAAAAAAGGAAGCAUUUUAUUUGGGGCCGUAGAUCAUGCAAAAUAUUCAGGUACUUUAGAAAAAGUACCUAUCUUAACCUAUGGUGCGUACUACUCUCCAACAUUAAUCUUAAUUAAGCUUGAUUCAUUGGCAUUUGAUAACAACGGAAAAGAAUUAACUAUUGGAUCCCUGGAUAAUAUAGUAAUUCUCGAUAGUGGCUCCACGUUAACAUACCUUCCAAUAUAUUUACUUAAUCGCAUUGGAAGGAUGUUGAAUGGAAGAUGGUCAAGCAUCAUGGAAACUUAUGAGGUCAAUUGUACUUCUGAUGAUUCCUACAAAUUUAUCUUCAAUUUUAGCGGCAAAAAGAUAGAAGUUCCUUUAUCUUCCUUAUUGUUAAGGGGACCAUUCUCAAAUUGUUAUUUAGGAAUCCGGCCAGCAUAUUCAUCGUAUGGCAGUCUCGGGGAUAAUUUUUUACGUAACGCCUAUGUCGUCUUUGACUUGGAAGACAAGGAAGUUUCCUUAGCGCAAGCAAAGUAUUCAGAUGAUGAGGACGUGGAGGUCAUCUCUUCAACAGUACCUGGAGCAAAAGAAGCUGAUGGUUAUUCCUCAACGACAAUUGUCAUACAGUCAGAAGAAUCAGUCCCUAUUGUGUCUUAUAAGACGGGUGAACUAACAAAUGGAGGUUGGAGUCCCUUUGAAUCAACCGAUGGCAGCAGCUACGUUAUUAACACAAGACGAACCACCAGAGCAUAUUACACGAGAACCCUGAUACCAACAACUAGAACGAGAAGCUCUAGAGCAUCAACAAGUCUCUCUGCUAGCAGCACACUGAACGAAAAAUCGACAAGCGAAGACACGAAAACGACGAGUUCUUCGGAUGAAACACCUACUUCUAAUUCCUCCAGUUUCCCCAGUUCCUCCAGCUCCUCUAGUUCUGGUUCUAGUUCUGGUUUUAGUUCAAGUUCAACAUCAACUUCAGGCGCAAGGGAGGGGGGAAAUAGUGAAAGCUCUCUGGGAAGUGGAGCCUCCAGUAUUCGUCUGCUAUCCAUAAAAGCCUUCCUCUUUCUUACCUUAACGACUUGUAUAUUUGCAUCUGUUUGUUUAUAA